AUGUCAGAAAUAACAUCAAAUUAGCCACAACUUGAAUCUUAAUUCUUAUAUGAAAUAGUAAAUCAAUAGCCAUAAAGGAUUGUACAAAAUGAGACAUGUGAAAAUGUAAAUAUUGAAAGUGUUACAAAGUCUUAAUAAUAAUAAUAAAAAUCAAAUGUUAGUGAUCAUAUAAUAUAAUUAUUGAUGUAAGAGGACAAUUUAGAAGUUCAAGAUCAUGAUUAGAAUGGAUAGGUAAAUAUAGAUAAAGAGAUUGAAUAAAAAGUAUAAUAAGUUAGAUAAGAUGUAAAUUCUUAAGUGAUAUUGGCUGGUUUGGAGAGUAAUGAUGAAGAUAAAAAAAGUUAGGAAGCAGAUUGUAAAUUACUUUAUAAAAAAUAAAGAUAAACAUCAAUUAUAAUAGAUGAUGAUAUUGAGGAUGAUGAAACAACUCCUAAAAAGAUAGCAAAGAAUGAGAAAAACAAUGUUCCACUUUAGGAUCCAUUGCCUAUAUCAUAAAAUGAUUCAGAAAAGUAAGAAGUAGUAUUACCUCCUCCUUCAUAAAGAUCAUCUGAAGUAUCUUAAAUAGAUUUAUAGAAACCUUUUGAACAAAAGACUCGGGAUGAUAAAGGUUUGAUGAUUGAAUAAAUUUUAAAAUCUGAAUGUGUAAUGAAGAAAUAAUAGAAAGACUUUUUCUCAUUUACAUAACCUAUUCCAACAAUUAAUAAUAGUAGCUAAAAAAAGAAUAAGAAUCCUAUUGUAAUUGAUUCUGAUGAUGAUGAAUAAUAACCUGCUCCUUCAAAUAUAAGUAUUUUAAAAUAAAAGAUUGAAGAUACUACUCCCUCUUCAUUCUUUAGAAAAAAGACUAUUGAAAAUUAGACUCCAAUUGAAAUAGGAGAAAAUGAUAAUUUCUCAUCCAAUUAAAUGGAUAAAUAAUAAAAGAUUACUCAAUUAUUACAAUAACCUAUUACUACUACUAGUACUACUAUUAAUAAUAAUAAUAAUAUGGGAUAGACUAAACCAUUAAAUCAAUAAUAGAGAAAACAUUAAGCAUUGUUAGAAGAAAUAGUUUAAGAGGAUGAUGGAAUAGUUCAAGAUAUUGAUUAUUAAGAUUGGAGUUUAUUUAAUUAAUUAAAUAAUAUGAUAACUCCAAAGUUUUCAGGAUAAUUUAGAAUGUUAGAAUAUAAAGAUAAUCCAUAAGAUAUGAUAAGAUUAUUAUUUGGAGAAAUUAGAUUUAAAGAUCUUAUGAAAACAUGUUAAACUAGUGAAUCUGAAUUCUGGUUAUAUUUAGGUACUAAAUUAAUAAUGGGAUAUAUGAGAUUACCUGAUAUUAAUGAAUAUUUUUAUGGAGAAGAUUGGAUUGCUGGUGGUGGAAUCAAAUCAAUAAUUACUUAAUAAUAAUUUGAUGAUAUCGAUUAAAAAGUAGAAAUCAUUUAACCAAAAUUAUAAACUGAAUCAUAAUUAGCUGUUAAAUUAGAAUUCAAUGCAUAAACAUUCUUUAGAUAAGAGUAUCUUCCUUAAUUUACAUAAGAAUUAAAUGAUAGAUUCAAAAAAUUAAUAUUACCAGGAUAAGAAUUGUUCUUAAUUUCUAAUUUCUAUACUCUUAUUUAUUCAACUAAAAUAUAGUGGUAUUAAUUAAUUGAUAAAGAAUCUGGAAUUAUUUUAUAGUAGUUCUUUUGGGCUACACCUAUUAAUAAAACAUUUGAUCUUAAUAACCAUAGAGAUUUAUAAAAAAGAUUAAGAAUGAUGUUUGAACCUUAUCAUUUAGGUAGACACAUUGUAUAUAGUUAAACAAUAUUAAAUGCUGAAUCAGUAUUAUAAUUGUAUUAACAAAAAAUAUUUGUUUGUACUGAUCUUAUGUAACAUUCUUUAUUACCUCAUCCACCAACUGGAGAUUAACAAAUAUUCUAUUGUUCUAAAAGUAAAGAACCUAUUUAUUUAUGUUAUAAAAAUUAAUAAUGGACAACUUGUGUCUCAUUAUAAUCCUUAUAAUAAAGAAAUCAAUAUUUAUAAGAAUUAUCAUAAAUGUAAUUCACAGAAGAGAAAAUUGCUAUUCAACCUUCAGAACCUGAAAAUACUUCUAUAAAUUCAACAUCUAAAAUAAUAUUCAUUUUUGUAAUAGAAUCAAUAUUACAUAAUAUUAGAAUACUUAAAAAAUAAGAAAUAAAAACUUUUAGAACUGAACUUGCACUUUAAUUAAUAAAUAAAUUAAUUGAUUAUAAAAAUCCAAAACCUUUAUUAAGAAAAGAUGGUUCACUCUAAGUAGAUAGAUCUUGUUAAACUGAUUAAACUGUUGGUAUUGUUAAUGAUCAAUUAUAUCAUUGUCCUAUUCAUAAUGGGAAUGCAAGAUGUUAAGUUUGUUUAAGUAAAAGUAUUCUAUCCAAAACUACAGCAUCAUGUCUUGGUUGUAAUAAAGUUCUUGGUACUAAUAUAUUUCUUUGUAUCUAUCCUUGUUUUAGAUUGUUUCAUCUUAAUCCUAAACUAUAUCUUAAAGAAGGUAUGUACUAUUAAAUUGUUUCUGGAUAUGACUAAUAUGAUUAAGAUUAAGAAGAUGAAGAAGUUGAUCAACAAUUCCUUGAUGCCAAUCUUAGAUUUAAACCAGAUACUUCUGAAUUAGAUUCUAUUUAUGCUAAAUCAUACUAAGAUUUUAAAAAUAUGAUUCCAAUCAAUUAUGAAGAUAAUUAUCAUAAAAAAACUACCAUCGUUGUUAUUCAAAGAGAAAAAGGUGCUAAUCGUAGAGGUGGUGGUGGUGGUGGUAGACCUAAAAUAUCAAGAUAAUAACAAUAAGCUAUAUAAAAUUAAGCUGCUUAAGGUAAUCAUUUUAUUUCACCAUUUUAGCUGAAUAAGGAAAUUAAGGAGAUACUUAAGAUGCACCUAAAAAAGUUAGAAAAUAGAACAAAAAAGCAGUUAAUGCUCCUACAUAAUAAGGAUAACCUGAAAAAGAGACCGAUUAAGCUAGUAGUGCUAUGUUUGAUUUUUUUAGCUAAGUUAGAAAACAGGCUUACAAAAAAUAAUCAUAAUCAUGA